AUGCUGGUGCGCAACACGAUGAGCGGGCCCUGGCCCGACGCGCCACCCCCGCCGGCCACGUCCACCCCGCUGGCCGCCAAGCUGGGCGCCUCGCUGCACACCACCCCCGCAUCCAUUCCCGCCCUGCCCCUCAUGUCCCCCGGCGCCACGCCCAGCCUGGGCAUCGGCUUUGGCGGCCUGGCCAGCUGCGGCUCCGGCCAGUCCCUGGAUCACGUCAUGCUGGUGGCCACAGACCCCAUGAGCCGCCACUUCAUCCACUUGAACAUGGUGGAUGUGGAGGUGGAUCAUGAGGCCAUGGAUGCGCUGAUGGAGGUGGAGGGGCAGGCCAGGGGCAGGAGCGCGCAGCUGCACGGCACGCCGCGCCUCGACCUAGCGGCCUGCCUGGGCGCCGCCCUCUCGCCCUGGCCCGUGCCCCUCCUGCACCCGCUCUCCCCAUGCCUGGAGGAGGUGCCGGGCAGCACCGGCAGCGUGGCGAUGCAGCAGGCCGCCGCUUCGUCGUCCGCUGUCGCCGCGGCUGCUGCCGGCGCACAGCCGCAACCUGGCGGCGGGGCGGGCACAACACCAUGUCGCCCCUCAUCUGCCGCCAGCAGCGAGACAGCUGCCAUCUGCACGCUGAGCUCCCGGCGCAGCCUCUCCCAGCAGCUCAGCGACAGCACCCAGGCGCCGCAGCCCAGGAACAAGACAGAAGGGCCGGGCGAGGUGUCGGGCGGAGGCAGUCAAGCCGAGGGCAGCGCCGGCAACAAGGGCGAGGCGCAGCCGGGGGGCCUGACUGUGUCGUUCCUGGAUGACAACGGCUACUUUGACAUGACCCUGAAGGAGGCUGCAGAUCAGCUGGGGGUGGGGGUCACCACGCUGAAGAAGCUGUGCCGUCAGAGCGGGCUGGGGCGCUGGCCCUACCGCGCGCGCUGCUCGCUGCGCAACCUGCGGGACAAGAUGCGGGAGUACUUUUCUUGCGCCCCCGCCGAGGAGCGCGACGCGGCCGAUGCGCUGAUGGAGCGAGAGUUCCGCCGCCUGGCCCACAUGAAUGUGGGGGCCAUAGACGACGCCUUCAAGCAGUUCCGCCAGGCCAUGUUCAAGCUGGAGUUCAAGGCGAGGCAGCAGCUGGACGCCGGCCGCGCCGCCGCCGCCGGCAGCAACCCGCGCAAGCGGCUGCACCCGGCCGAGCCGCACAAGGAGGCGGAGCUGAGCGGCGUGUUCCACGGCGACGCCGCCUUCCGCCAGCAGGCCAUGCUGCACCUGCGCCGCCUACUGAACGCCUGCUCCGACGGCACGUACUGA